CGGACAUGAUGAUAGGGAAGAAGAUAUCUUGAGGGAAAUAACGGAGAGAAAGAGGGGCUAGAGAAAGAAUGAAGCUGGGACAUGAGAGAUAACGGCGGAGACUUACAUCUGUGCGUGACGAUCAUGCUAAGACAUGAGAAUGCCUACUGUCUUCAACACCAGGUAUCUCUGGUAGAGUGAUCAUUAUUGGAUCAGCCGAAGCCAAGCGUCUUCUCUCUGCCCUUCUACAACACACCAAGGGCAGAACAACGUCAUCUCAUCAUGAGCAUCAACUACUUCACUACAUCAUCAUCACACACCAAAGUCCGCUAUCACACGGAGGCAAUCCGGGAUCCAGGCAUCGUUUCCAUACGGGGGAACCGAGAGUCUCCCCACCCGGUCCGAGCUGAUAGUAAUGACGCCUGAGUUGGUCUUGUAUCCAGUCAUAAUAAUCUAAAGGCGUGGGAUGGGGACAAGGUCUCGGAACUCGGCUGGGUAGUUUGUAUCAUCAUGAAAAGUCGAACCGGGAUAUCUCUCGUGGGGGGACUCAGGGACAUGGCUUCGUCGUGAGACUCAAGAGUAACAAGGCCGUGAUAAUGGGGCUAUGGGUCGUGGACCAUGCGAGAGGGCGUGGGCGAGCUUGUUGAGGUAAAUGUUGUAUCCACGGUCGGGGAAGUUGAGUUGAGUCCGGGCUGAGGUCGAGGUCGGUACCGAGGGAGACCGAAGGAAGCGAUGAACAAAAGGAGGCGAGUUCUCUCGAUCCAAGAGACGGAUUCCGUGAUGAUCGAGGCUGGUGGCUGAAGAUAGUCGAGCUGCUGUUAUAUUACUUCCAUGGAAGAACUUGAGUCCACCGAUCCAUGGGACUUUUCGGGCAUAGCAAACUGACACUGAUCAGAGAAGUAUUCUCUCCCAGGUGCAGGGCGAUUCAAGACUUUCUCCUGUAAUCGGCGAUCAAUGACCAAGCAAGUGCUUGUUCAUCUUGAAGACUCCAAGAGUCAAACCAAGGGACGACCUCAUUCUUAUACUCAUUUCUCACCGUCUCAGCCUUAUCAACAACCCCCAGGGUCCUCCCGCUAGACGCUGCAACAAUGAUGCAACGCACACUAUAUCAGCAUCGACAAUAUCCGUGAUCAACUCUGUUUCUGGCUGUUUUUCGAGGCCAUCGCAUCAAAUUUGGUGGUGUUGGCACUGGAAAAGACAUCAGGGUUGUCCAUCAAGGUGCUCACUUGUCUAUCCGGGUUCUCAAAACCAGAUAGGGCAGGCACAUGACGAUAGUGACGUGAUGGAAAGAUACAACUGAAUUCUACUGAAUUGAGUAAAGAUAAAAAGUACUCUUAUAUCUUGGACUUAAAACGACCUUUAUGGGUAGAAGAUAAUUGGUUGACUGAUGAAAAUGAUGUUAUGACUGUUUACUGUGAAAUGGCCGCAGAUUAAUGAAACAGCAAUUUGUUACUCUUCCAAGCCAAACGGUUCCCUCUGAAGCUUUUGGAGUGAAUUAUAUAUUCAAAAGCAAGACUUGACCAAAAACCUUGUACUCUUUUCAAAUACGACAAAGUGGGUUGUUGGUAUAUGUACUCCCAGCUCCAGCAGGACCAGCACAGCUUGCUUUCCAUCAUGUAUGUCACAACAUUUACACCCCUGACCUCGACUCUCUUUCGGUUCCAAUCAGCGUCAAAUUCAACUGCUUCUAUCCUCAUACAUCGACCAAAGAAGCUGUCCGCUCCAAAAAUUCAAAGACGAUAUUCAGAUGACAAUUUCUUCCCCAUCCCCCAAUACUCGAGUGAUAUGCCGAGAGACGAAGCUAUCUUUGCGUUUAUGAUCUUUUCAACCUUGAGAUUGCAGAUAAGUUCUAUGAUAUUCCGUCCAUGUAUAAUCACUCCUGGCCAGACAGCUAUCUUCCAUCAGCUUCACAAUGAAGCCCCUUGCCUCGCAGGCUCGUCCUCCUGUACAUCGAUACAUCUCCUCAGGUUUCCUCGACUGAGCACAAUUCAGUGUUAUGUCUCUUACAAUCUUUACAUUAACUCGAUUUGACCAUUGUACUUUUCUUCUAGUUGCUUGGGUCGGGAGAUCCUACAUUCGAUAUCCAACACUCCCUCGAAUCCAUCAUCUUGUAUACAAGUUUGAAUAUCUCGACGCUACAAAGGCUCCAAUUCUUCGACCCUACAUCAUUGCCAUGAUUAAAAUACUGGUAGAUCCAGGAUGUAGUCUGUUCUAGAUAAUAUCACGGGCGAGACUUUUGCUACGCUGAUGCUACUGGUCUUGGUCAAGAGACAUAAUGAAAUAGUCUAAAGACCUACUAAGUUAGACUAAACUUGCCUAAGUCUUUUUGUCGUUUGGGAUCAAGGUCCCAAAUUUUCUUGCCUCCAGUUUUGGCGCCAAUUCAUUACAAUACAUGUCUUCAAUUGAGUUACAAUUACAAUUAUCAUCUGAACUAUCCUAUCAGUCCUUUUCAACACCUUGCCUCAAAUGCAUCCCGUCCUAUCA